UUGCAGCCAUAAAAAUAAAAAGAAAGAAAUUAUUCAAGUUUGCCGAAACAAAAAAAAAUAUGGCUAGCGUUUAUCUACGACAAGCGAUUCGUUCGAUGCAUACAAGUGUUGGUUCGGGACCAAAUUUUGAAUUUGCCGCCACAUCAUGUCAAGGUUGGCGUAAUACAAUGGAAGAUGUACACGUAAUUAUACCAUAUUUGGAUGGUGAUAAUACAACGACACAACCACACCAGCAACAACAACAACAACAACAAUCAUCAUUGUUCGCUGUAUUCGAUGGACAUAAUGGUGUUGAAGUUUCAACAUAUGCAGCUAAAUAUUUACCGGAAUAUAUACGCCGUAAUCGUAAAUAUCAAAAUGGUCAUAUUGUUGAUGGUUUAAAAGAGGCAUUUAUUUUGUUGGAUAAUUCAAUGUUAUUACGUGAAUCGGUAAAUGAAUUACGUGAAAUUCGACGAAUGAUGCAUCCAAAUAUACCGGAAUAUACGCCUGGAUUUACUAGUGGAUCAACAGCAGUGGUUUGUCUGUUAAAGAAUAAUACAUUUUAUUGUGCAAAUAUUGGCGAUUCAAGAUGUGUUUUAUCCAGGAAUGGUCGUCCAGUUCCAUUAUCUGUGGAUACAAAACCAGAUGAUCCACAAGAAAUGACAAGAAUUGAACAUGCUGGUGGUACUGUUAUGCGUGGCCGUAUCAAUAUGCAAAUCAAUGUAUCACGUGCAUUCGGUGAUCAUAUGUAUAAAUGUAAUCCAGAUCUACAAUUGACUGAACAAAUGAUUAUUGCAUUACCAGAUGUUAUUGUUGAACCAUAUAAUGAAAAAACUGAUCAAUUUAUGGUAUUGAUGUGUGAUGGUAUAUGGAAUUCAAUGACAAAUGAUGAAAUUAUACAAUAUAUUGGUCGUCGUAUACGUACAGAUCGUUUAAGUCAAAUAACUGAAGAUAUUAUUAGAAAAAUAUUACCAGAAGAGAUGCCUGAACGUGGUAUACAAGGCAAAGAUAAUAUGACCAUUGUGAUUAUUAAAUUCAUUAAUCAAGCAACCACCGCCACCAAUCCUAUGAUGAUGAUUGGUCAAUCAACAACAAUCACCACCAAUGUACCGGUGCAGCAACAAAAUCCAACAACAAUGUCACAAAAGCAUAGUAAAACAAAUAGUGAUCGAAAAUUGAAAGCAAAAUUUCAGCCACAACAGUAACAAUAAUCGCCAUCACAUCACCACAGCAAAU